AGUCGUACUUUAGAUGGCAAGCUAGCCACAAAAAACCGUCACUUCCAAUUAACCAACGAACCACAUCUCUGUUGCUUCUUUCCUCUGCAAACAAACCCAACCCCUUUCUUUCCCCUUUUUAUAUUUAUAUUAAUUCUCGGAAUCAACUAAAAUGGCUCCGACUAUAGCUGUGGCACCCAAGCCCCAACGCUUUUUGGAGGCGGCGGCGGCGGAGGAGGUGUUGAGGAAGAGGAACGAGGAGUUGGAGAGAGAAUUGAAGAGGAGUAUGGAGAGAGAAGAGAAGAUGAAGCAAGAGCUCCAGAGAACUUGGGAGAGGCUUAGAGUCGCCGAGGAAGCCGAGGAGCGCCUCUGCUCUCAACUCGGCGAGCUCGAAGCCGAAGCCGUCGAUCAGGCUCGAGCCUAUCGAUCUCGCAUUUUCUCAUUGAUGGAUCAGCUCUCCGCCGCUCAGAAGCUCCUCAGCUCUUCUGAUUCCCUUUCUCAAUGACCCAUCAUAUAUAUAUGUAUGUAUGUAUGUAUGUAUAUUAGUCAUGUAAAAUUUCCUAUGAUGAUUGUGUGUUAUAAAGGAUCAUGAAUCAUGGGUUUUGAUUUAGAUAAAAAAAAAAAAA